AUGAUUGCAGCUACGUCUUACCGUCGCGCAGCCGCAGGACCCUUCAAGUCCAUUACUCGUCGCUCGUUUGUCUCAUCCGCCAAAUUACUCAAUGGUGCAACUACUGACGAAAUUAAGGUCCCCAUUGCUGCACUUAACCCUCGCACAGUUACUAGUGAUCCAACCAUUCAAAACUUUUUCAAGUAUACCUGGGGCACUUGGCUCCACAACGACGCUGCUGAAAAGGUCAAGCGUGAGACUCCCUUUAACGUCCUUGGUCUGGUCGAAGUCCUCAACUCUGUUCUUGAACCUGCUGACCCUGCUACCCCCAUUGAAAUUAAAACGGUGGCAUCGCUUUCAGAAGGCAAACACCACAAGGUCUACAAAAUCGAUGUCGCCCACGUUAAACAGGCCCCAGGAGCAACCCCACAACCUGUCAACCAAUAUGUCCUUCGUAUCCCCUACCCAGGCCUCGGCUCUCAUACCUAUCUCUCUGAGCGUCUCAAGUCUGAGGUUGCUACCAUGGAUUUUGUUCAGCGUGCUCUUGUCGAUACUGGCAAGGUCUCUUUCCACGUUCCCAAGGUCCUUGCAUGGGCCACUAACCCCAAGAAAACCCCAGUCGAAGCCCAGUUUAUUCUUGAAGAACACGUUGACGGUGCUGGAGCAUUGAUGCGCUGGUGGGAACCUGGAUCCCACGACAUUGCUGCUAAGCAACGUAUCCUCCAGCCCAUUGUCAAUGCCUACGCUGGUCUUGUUUCCCAUGUCAACUUCUCCAAGUACGGUUCUCUUUACUUUACCGAAGACGUGGAGUCAAGUCUCCAAAACGAUCUCUUUGUGGCCGAUCAAGACUCUGUCCCCAAGGAUCUUCUCGACCGUUACCGUAUUGGACCUACCACCGAGGCCCAGUUUUGGAAAAACUCGCUCCCAGCAUCUUCCCCACUCCGUGGACCCUUUAACGACCCCAUGGACUACAUCAAGGCUACUGGCUCCGUUCUGGUCGAAGGUAUCAAAAAGUCUCUCGAGUCUUACAGCGAUCCUGCUAUUGUCGCACACCUUAAGAAGCAGCUUGCCACAGCUGAACGUUACGCCAAUGUGGCCCCACAGCUUCUUCUCGAAUCCGAGCUUGACCCUGCUCUCUUUAGCGCCCGUAUGGCUCAUCCUGAUUUGAACCCACUCAGUUUCCUGACUGAUGCUAAGGCUCCUGAAGACUUGCCUACCGCCACCACCACUCUCAUUGACUGGGAAUCAACUGCCAUCAAACCCUUUUUGCUCCAUGGAACUCCCUUUUUCGCCCGCCAUGACGGCCUCAAGAUCUUCUCACUCGAAGAAAUCCCUGACUAUGAAAAAUUGUCAGCCCAAGACAAGUAUUCAGUCAACCACUUCCUUGCCCUUACUCAAAACCAGUUCUCCUUCGAGUACAUGCUCAUGCAAGCCUCCGAGCUCGGCAAAUCUGCUCCAGGACUUAUUAACGCUUUUGCUCCAGUCAAUAAGCGCCGUGAGCGUCCUAUCCAUACUGCCCAGACAAAGGCUGUGGCUGACCCCACCGGCACCUCUCCUGAGUACUUGGACCUGGAUGAGGAUCUGAUCCAACUGUCCCAAGACUGGGAGCAGCUUCGUGUUGGUAGACCUUCCCCUGUUACCUUCACUCAAGCCCAACUUGAAGAGCAUGCAAAGGAUUUCGCAGAGUACUCGCGCGAGAUUGUUAAAAACCCCUUCAUUGGCUCUAAAGGCUGGAUCCCACAAGACUUGUUUGAACGUCUGUUGGGCGAUGGCACCAUUGUCAGACGUGAUGAUAACAACUACGACAUCAACUACAAGUGGGAACUCAACAAUUAA